AUGUUUGAUGAGUUUUCUCCGGGACGAGUACUAUUUGGGUUUGUAAGGGCGUCGGAAGCAUCCAGCGAACGAUCGUCGCGCCUGCCCGCAAAAUAUGUUUUCAUCUGCUGGCAAGGCGAAGGCGUACCAGAAAAACACAAACUGGUAUGUGCGCAGCAUGGGGAUAUCAUAAAACAAAUGUGUCGGACAACACACCUCACGGUGCACGCUCGGAACGAGGAUGAUUUGGAUUGGAAGGAAAUUAUCAACAAAAUCGAGAAAAUGUCUGGUUCCAGCUAUUCUACUCCGGUAGACAAUAUCGAUUGGACGCCUCCUGCUGUGGGUACUGCUUACAAAAAAGUGGAUCCCAAAGCGGAGAUUCCUCAGAAUAGCGAUCGGAUGGAAUUCUGGAAGAAACAGCAGCAAUUGAACUCACCAGCUUCUUCUGUGUCAAUGCCAAAGAAACCGGUGGGGUUCGUUCAACCGAUUUGUGAUGAACCAGAUGAAAACGAGACGAGCUCCGCCCGGUCGAUGGUGCUGAAACAGUCGCGUCAUUCCGAAAUGUCAUCUGUCAUCAAGAGUCGCCUGAAACUCUACCGUGAAAACUCUAGCGACACGCCCACGACGGCUCCCAAAAAGGUUGAUCCUCGUGCGGAGAUUAUGCUUGCACGACAGCUUUCUCAGGUGUCUUGUGAUGACACGGACAAUACCACUGUGUCGUCCGCCUACAAGAAGAUAAAUCCGCUUGAAGAAAUUAUGCAUGCCCGGAAGCUCUCUCAGCCCACGUUAGACAAUGGAGGUAAUUAUAAAGUGGGAACAAAUUGGCAACGGGCUGAUCCAAGAUCCGAAAUUUUGGCUGCGAAGGAAGCAGCGGCGCGCGCAAAGGCACAAGAACCACCCAGCAACACGGGCAACGGAUACCAACGUACCGACGCUGAAGCCGAAAUUCGAGCUGCUCGACUCAACCGAUCCAACGAGGUGAUCACUAAUGGAACAACUGCUCCAACUAUUCCCCCGUCUUCGCAACCAAGUUUACCGGAGACAAUGGCUGCUGCGAAAUCUGAUGAACCGUCAGCUCAUGCAUCCCAACCACUUGCUACCGCUGCUUCUGUUGUCGAGACCCCUACUGCACCCGUAACAUCUGAAUCUGAUCAUGGUCUUGUGGCUGUUUGUGAGGAGGAUGAACUAUCCUUCACAGAAGGGGAUCAGAUUUUCCACAUUCAACAAAUAGAUGAAGGUUGGUGGCUGGGCGUCUCAGCUGAUGGUCGGCAAGGCCUCUUUCCCGCUAACUACGUGGAACUUGUGGCUU